CACGUCUUGUUUUGCUGCUGACAUGUUUUUACAGUAGCGGAAGACAUCGCGAUAGGCAAAGCCAAGCUGCUAAUGAGAGCAAGGCGUCAAUGUAAUAUUUCUAUCAUUGCUUUCUUCCUAUUCGGUAUCAUUUACCAUGGGAAAGAGGGAUAACCGAGUGGCAUACGUCAACCCCAUCGCUGCUUCACGCUCUAAAGGACCGACGAGCUCAGGACCUAGCAUCCAGGACUACUUGAGCAGACCUCGGCCGACAUGGGAGGAGGUGAAGGAGCUGCUGGAAAGGAAGAAGAAAGGAUCCAGAGCUCUGGCAGACUUUGAGGAGAAAAUGAACGAAAGCUGGAAGAAGGAGCUGGCCAAGAACAGAGAGAAACUGUUGGCCGACCGAGGGAGAGAGCAGGAGAAGCAGAAAAGAAUUGCAGACAAAGCAAAGGAGAAAAGUUUAGCAGGCAAACCAAAGGUGAUGAAUAUCGGAAUGAAAGGACAGAUCUUCCAUAUAGCAGUCAAAGAAAAGGAGAACAAUGUGAUAGACAAAGAAAAGGACAAAAAAGUAUUGGACAAGGAAAAGGAGAAGGAGGAGAAAAAGGAGAAGAAAGAGAAGAAAAAGAAAGAAAAGAAGGAGAAGAAGGAGAAGAAGAAAUCCAAUAGGCAUUCUCCAUCUUCCUCCUCCUCCUCAUCGAGUUCUGAUUCCUCCAGCAGUUCCUCCUCAGAGUCUGAUGAUGAGGGUGAAAAGAAGAGUGUAAAGAAGAAGCGGAAAAGGAAGAAGUCGUCGGCCAGGAAAGCUUCGGACGGCUCGGCUGCAGAGUCUGAUGCGGAGAGCAAGCAGAAGAAGAAGAAAAUCAAGGAGGAAGGUGAUGAGAAGGACGAGAAGAACCGGCACAGGAAGAGGAAGGCGGAGCGAAUUCACAAGGACUCUUCCUCAGGGUCCUCGGUGGUCUCUGAAGGGGAAGAGGCUCCGAUCCGCGGAUCAAUUGCGUCCCGAACCGUGAGGGUUGAUCCGUACGGGUCAUGGGUUGACGCCAAGAAGAAAAAGAGAAGCAGUGAAGAGAAGGACAGAAUAACAAAAUCCAAGAAGAAGAGGCGGAAGAAGCACAAGAAGCACGGGAGGAAGAGUAAGAAGAGGACGGUGUCGGGCUCGGAGCACGACUAGGACCCGCGGCCUCAUCGCUGGGACCUCACUCACUACAGACGCCCUCCUCCUCGACUACAAGUCCCAUCCCUCAGACCGUGGCUAUCCCCAUGGAAGGACGCCUACAGACUUCUAAUGCUGGUUUCCCGUUGGUGCAGAGAGAGUCUGGACACAACACUGUGGGGGGAGCAGGGAAAGUCCUCCAACGAAACGAGCCACGGCUCUUUUCGCUCUUGUUUGUACCAUUUGUGUACCUUUUGUUUUUCUUUUAUUUGUAGAUGAUAGUUAAUUGGUUUCGACAACGGGGCGACAUAAACUUUGAAGUCACCACACGGAUCUCUUGGACCCAGGGUUGAGCCGCCAAGCGAGGGCUGUGUUUUUCACGUGCGUGCGUGCGUGCGCGUGUGUGUGUGGUGUUUGAGAAACCCUGCAGAAUUGUAGAGCGACCGUGGUGACAUUAUUCUGGGAGCUUUUUUUUGUUCCGUUCAGCACCGAGGGAUUUUCACGAAUCACUCCAUCUCACACGCGCGCACCCUGUUAAUAAUGCAGCUCUACACUUCUAUGUUGUCUUUUUAAGAAGUCCCUAGGCAAGUACGGUGUUUCUGUAGCACCAGUGUCAUGCAUGUGCAUUUAAGACCUCUUUUGUCUUGCCAGCCUCAUAUUGAAGCUGGACUUAUUGACAUUUUCGGCAGUCUAGCCAAGAUUUAUACAAGGGAUAACUUUGAAAAUGCUCUUUACGCAGGAAUGUUGAUGAAUGUGUUGAUAUUGAAGAAUUCCUUAUUAAAGUAUUCUUGUUUUA